UCAUCUUUCUAUUUCACUAAAAACAAAAAGAAUAACAAACAUGUCCUUCCUCACCAUUCCACCAUCCCACUACCUCUGAAAAUUUCAAAUUCAUUCCACUAGAAUUGUACCUUGGUACUAUUUUGUUUCCUUUUGAUCUUAUCCAAAAACAACCCUAAUCUUUCACUAUAUAACAAUAUAUUCACCAACAGCAAAAGAGAGGAAGAAAAGUGUAUUGAAACUCUGUCAAAAUUGUGAUAAUCUUCCUCCACGCUACAAGGUUGUGCUAUUCCGAACCUCCACUCCUACCUUCGUAUCAACGAAACUUACCUCACAUUCAUACACAUCUGCAACAUUGCUCCUUGUUUCAUCUUACAUUAUCACCAACGUGCACUCACAUCCUCACCGAAACUCAAGCACACGAUCCUGCGAGCAUCACCGACACGCAUCAACAUCAACAAACAGAAGUGGGGAAGAUGAGGAGAGGAUUCAGAAGCGUAAAGAUUAAAGGAAGAUCACUGAACCUGAGUACGGAGGAAGUCGCAUCUCCGUUGAUCUGACGCACCGAGCAGAUUAACGCAGCAUCUUCAACAUCACCGAUAUCGCGACCGAGCCAAAGCGUCAUUGCACGUUCGAACACAUCUCAAUUCCAACCGGAGCACUUCAAUUACGAGAAUGUGUGGAAGAUAAAAUUGAGAAAGUAGAAGAGAUAAAGUGUAAAGUCAAAAGAAGUGUAGGCUUUUGUGGUUCUUGAAGACUUGCUGUGAAAAAUUAUAAUGUCUCCUAUUACAGCCUUUUUUUAAUCUUGGAACUAUAUAAGGAAAUAUAUAAAGAGUAUGCACAAAUCAGCGCUCAGAAGCUUUGUCUCAGAAGGUUCAGCAUGCAACAUCAGAACAUGGUCUGGCAAGACAUCAGAAGAUGGUCAAGGCAGAAUCAGAACAUGGGUCUAUGGAAGCAUCAGAAGAACUUGAGAUCAGAAGCAGAAGCACUGAAGUUCUCAUGGUAUCACGCUCAGAAGCACUUCAAGGUCAGAAGACAAGAAGAUGCUAUGCACCAAGCUGUUUGACUCUGAUGAUUUUCAAAUAUUUUAUUCAAACAUCAGAUCAGAAGAAAGUACAGGUGGCAGGCUACGCUGACUGACAAAAGGAACGUUGGAAGCUAUUAAAGGCAACGUCAGUAGACACAGCGUGAACAAGGCUCGAGGUAGUUGACAAAAGCGUGAAACAUUAAAUGCAAAGCUGUACGGAACACGCAAAGCAUUAAAUAUCUUCUCAAACGCCUAUAAAUAUGAAGUUCUGAUGAGAAGCAAGGUUACGAAUUCUGAACGAAAUUAUUCUGAAAGACUUGCUGAAACGCUGUUCAAAUUCAAAGCUCAGAAACUUCAUCUUCAUCAAAGCUCACUACAUUGCUGUUGUAAUAUAUUAGUGAGAUUAAGCUUAAACGUUAAGAGAAAUAUCACUGUUGUGAUUAUAGCUUUUCAGAAGCAUUUGUAAUACUCUUAGAAUUGAUUACAUUAAUUUGUAAGUAACUAGAGUGAUCAAGUGUUGAUCAGGAUACUCUAGGAAGUCUUAGCUUGUGCCUAAGCAGUUGUAAUUAGAGUGAUCACGUGGUGGUCAGGAUACUCUAAGAAAGUCUUAGCUUGUGGCUAAGCAAUUGUUCCUGGAGUGAUCAGGUUGUGAUCAGGAUACUCUAGAAGACUUAGUCGCGGACUAAGUGGAAAACCAUUGUAAUCUGUUGCGAUUAGUGGAUUAAAUCCUCAGGUGAGGUAAAUCACUCCGUGGGGGUGGACUGGAGUAGUUUAAUUAACAACGAACCAGGAUAAAAAUAACUGUGCAUAUUGUUUUUAUCGUUCAAGUUUUUAGACUACACUUAUUCAAACCCCCCCUUUCUAAGUGUUUUUCUAUCCUUCAAUUGGCAUCAGAGCGCCGGUUCUAAGGUGCAAGCACUUAACCGUGUUUAGAAAAGAUUCAGGAAGAGAAAAACGCUUCAGUAAAAGAUGGCUGGUGAAAUUCCAACUAAUCCAGCUGCAUCUACAUCUGGCUCUGCUGAGCAAUACAAUGGUAACAAUGGUUAUACUAGACCACCAGUAUUUGAUGGUGAAAACUUUGAAUACUGGAAAGAUAAACUGGAAAGUUACUUUCUUGGUCUAGAUGCUGAUCUAUGGGAUCUUCUGCUGGAUGGUUACAAACAUCCUGUUAAAGCUACUGGUGUAAGGCUCACGAGAAGCGAAAUGAAUGAUGAUCAAAAGAAAGAUUUCAAGAAUCAUCACAAAUGCAGGACUGUUUUGCUGAAUGCUAUCUCUCAUGCUGAGUAUGAGAAGAUAUCUAACAGGGAAACGGCCCAUGACAUAUAUGAGUCCUUGAAGAUGACUCAUGAAGGAAAUGCUCAAGUCAAGGAGACCAAAGCUCUUGCUCUAAUCCAGAAAUAUGAAGCCUUCAAGAUGGAGGAUGAUGAAGACAUUGAGAAGAUGUUUUCAAGAUUUCAAACUCUGACUGCUGGAUUGAGAGUUCUGGAUAAAGGCUACACCAAAGCUGAUCAUGAAAAGAAGAUUAUCAGAAGCUUACCCAGAAGAUGGGGCCCAAUGGUGACUGCAUUCAAGAUUGCGAAGAAUCUGAAUGAAGUUUCUUUGGAAGAGCUUAUCAGUGCCUUGAGAAGCCAUGAAAUAAAGCUGGACGCAAACGAGCCUCCGAAGAAAGGUAAGUCUAUUGCAUUAAAAUCUAAUGUUAAAAAAUGCACUAACGCUUUUCAGGCUAGAGAAGAAGAUCCUGAAGAAUCAGAAUCUGAAGAAGAAGAUGAACUGUCCAUGAUCUCCAGAAGGGUAAACCAACUCUGGAAGAGCAAGCAAAGGAAGUUCAGAGGCUUCAGAAGUUCAAAGAGAUUUGAACGUGGAGAAUCUUCUGGUGACAGAAGAUCUGACAAGAAGAAGGCUGUCUGCUAUGAGUGCAAUGAGCCUGGACAUUACAAGAAUGAGUGCCCGAAACUUCAGAAGGAGAAUCCCAAGAAGAAGUUUCAUAAGAAGAAAGGUCUUAUGGCAACAUGGGAUGAUUUUGAAUCAGAAUCAGGAUCAGACUCUGAAGGAGAGCAGGCAAACUUAGCGCUGAUGGCUACAGAAGAUGAUGGAUCAGAAUCUACAUCAGAAUCAGAUUCUGAAGAGGUAUUUUCUAAACUAUCUAGAGAAGAGUUAGUUUCCAGUCUAACAGAGCUUCUUGAAUUAAAAGCUCAUCUUAGUAUCAAAUACAAAAAGCUGAAAAAGCAAUUUGAAUUUGAAACUAAGAAGCUUGAGUUGGAAAAUUCUGAAUUAAAAGAAAAAGUUUUAAAAUUAUCCAAUAAUGUUGGAUCUCCUUCUGAUUCAGAAAAAUCCACUCCCAGUCUGAAUUAUAUUUUGAAAGAAUAUGAUUUAAGUUUCAGGAAGUUCUUAUCUAGAAGUAUUGGCAGAAGUCAGCUAGCUUCUAUGAUAUAUGCUGUGUCUGGAAACAAGAGAGUUGGCAUUGGUUAUGAGGGUGAAAUCCCAUACAAGCUUGAAUCUGUGGAUGAUAUGAAAAUAUCAUACAAGCCUCUGUAUAACCAAUUUAAAUUUGGCCACUCCCAUGAUAUUAAGCACACAUCACAUGCACAAAGUUUUCACAUAACACACACCAAGAAGCAUGUGACACAACAUAAGAAGUAUCAUGGAACUCAGAACAAGAAGUAUCAUACUGUUCCUCCUGUUAAAUAUUUUGCUAAACCCAAGUUCAAUCAGAACUUGAGGAGAACUAACAAGAAAGGACCCAAGAAAUUGUGGGUACCUAAGGAAAAGAUUAUUCCUAUUGCAGAUAUCCUUGGCGGAAAAGAGGACAAAAAGCAAAAUGUCAUGGUACCUGGACUCUGGGUGCUCGUGACACAUGACGGGAAGAAGGUCUACAUUCCAAGACCUGGUGCUUAAACCAGGUGG